AUGGCCAUUGUAAACCUCCCUCACGACAUCCGAGUAUCGCUCUACCUUGCGGACCCGACGGUUGGUGGCAUAACAGCACGAUCUGAACCAGCAGUAGCGCCAAAUACCACGGCAACCAACACAACUUCAACGUGCCAAUCCAUCAGAUCUGACCAAAUCGUCCUACCGAAGACAGCCUUCAUCAUAACCCUGACACUGUUAUCGAUCACAACCCUCCUCUCCCUCAUUGCCCUCUCUCUCCUCCUCUACCGCCAGUUCUCCCGCGCUCGCCAACUCGAGCGUGCCAAACAAUGGGGCAGACAGAGCAAGUUCCACGAGAGCAGAGGCAAAAGGAUAAGCUUGAUGCGGAAAGAAGUCGACGACUCUUUCACCCGCCAAUACUCAGGAGUCCUAACAACCGUACAUGAAAACCCUGAGAUGGGCAGUGACAGUCCUGUGGAGAUUUGUGAGAGAGAUCCGAGGAUCUGGGAGGUUGGUGGGGGGACUGUGAAGUAUGGAAGAGUGAAGACGGCGCAGGAGAAGGAUGCUGAGAGUAGGGUUGGGAGUUUGUACUUUUGUAGGGAUUUGAGGGUUUGGAUGCCGAAGAAGUGA